CAAUACUCUUUCCAUCAUCAAACAACUCUCUCUCUCUCUCUGUUGAUUCUCUCGCUACUCCAUCACUUCUCGUUGCCGCUUCAGAAACAAAGAAGCACAGCGCACAGCACACAGCACACGGAACUACAAUGAACAGCAAGCCCAACAGCAGCACAUUAUGUCCUCACCAAAUCCCUGUCGUGGACCUCUCGAAGCCGGACUCCAAGAACCUCAUCAUCAAGGCCUGCGAAGAGUUCGGCUUCUUCAAGGUCAUCAACCAUGGCGUCCCGUUGGAUUUCAUCUCCAGGUUGGAAGAAGAAGCCGUCAAGUUCUUCUCCUUGCCUGUUCCCGAGAAGGAAAGGGCGGGCCCCCCUGACCCUUUCGGCUAUGGCAACAAGAAGAUUGGCCAGAACGGCGAUGUGGGUUGGGUCGAAUACCUCCUCCUAACGACCAAUCCCAACUUCAACUACCACCAGCUCCCGCCGGUUUUUAACGAAAACCCAGAAAGAUUUCGCUCUGCUUUGGGUGAUUACAUAUCGGCGACGAGGGACAUGGCGUGUGAGGUUCUCAAGUUGAUGGCCGACGGAUUGAGGAUUCAACAAAGGAAUAUUUUCAGCAAACUUUUGAUGGAUGAACAGAGCGACUCUGUUUUCAGGCUCAACCACUAUCCUCCAUGCCCAGAGCUUCAGGCUUAUGAUGAUAGGAACAUGAUUGGAUUCGGUGAACACACUGACCCACAAAUCAUAUCUGUUCUCAGAUCGAACAACACGUCCGGACUCGAAAUAUCCAUGAAAGACGGGACUUGGGUUUCUGUUCCACCAGACCAAAAUUCAUUCUUCAUCAAUGUUGGUGACUCCUUACAGGUGAUGACUAACGGGCGAUUCAGAAGCGUGAGACACAGGGUCCUGGCGAACAGCUCGAAGUCCAGGGUGUCGAUGAUAUACUUCGGAGGACCACCUCUGAGCGAGAAGAUAGCGCCAUUGCCGUGCCUCAUGAAGGGCAAAGAGAGCUUGUACAAGGAGUUUACAUGGUUCGAGUACAAGAAGUCUGCUUUCGCCACGAGGUUGGCUGACAACAGGCUCGAGCAUUUUCAGAGAGUAGCCGCUUCUUGAUGUCCGCUGGGGAGUGCCAGAUGUCAGCCAAAAAAUGGGUUGUAGGAGCGUAACUUUUUAUCUUCAUUCUGUUCCCCUUUGUCUCUCUGUAUUCUUGUUUUUGUUUUUUGCUUUACUUUUCUUGUUCAAACGAUGUAAAUUACUCUUCUUGUCAAAUAUCACAAGUAGUCUCCGUGGUCUGCCACUACCUGUAGUAGCUGUAAUGUGUAUUUUUCAAUGAAGUCACAGUCAAAAGUCA